GUCUCCGCUUCCAUGCCUCUUUUCGUCUGCUUGGGGGAGAGAGAGAGAGAGAGAGAGAGAGAGAGGGGUAGAGAGAAAGCGCAGGAGAGAAGCUGAUGGGUGGUCGGGUCUCCCUCCCUCUCCUUUGACCAAGAAAAGGCCAAAAAAAAGAUGAGUUGGUGAUCUUUUCAUUUAUUCUGUCCAUUCAGCGAGCAAAAGAAGUGGUUGCUGUGAAGUUAUUAGCUUCUUCUGGAUGACAGAGAGAGAGAGAGACACUUUAUAUUGAGAAAAGUAAGAUCAUCGAAACCAAUUUUGAUUUGGCGAACGAGGAAGCAUCUGGCAGGGCUUCGGGUUUGGUUGGUUCUACGAGCUUCAUCGAAGGUUUUUGGGGUAUUAUCGGGUCGACCCAAUAUUUAGGUUGAAGCUGGGAUUCUUGUUCUGUUAUUGGUUUUCUUGAUUUUGGGGGAGGAGAUGGGAAAGAGGAAGGCGCAGAAGACGAAGGAACUAUCGGUGGCGAUAGCCGAAGCAUCGUCAUCAGCAGCAGAAGCAGGAGACGAAACCAAGUCUCCAGUGGUAACCCCAAGAAAAAGAGGCCGACCUCGCAAGAUCGUCGAAGCAAAAGCUGAACCAAAGCAAGAAGAGGAGCAGCAACAAGAACAGGAGCAGAAUCCAAUACAACAAGCUGAAGCGGGAGCGGAAGAGGAAGGAGAAGAAGAAGCAGCUAAAGUAGUAGAGCAAACGAAGAAAGCUAGAACCGGCGAAGUGCAAGAGCAGAAGAAGGAAGAGACGUUGCAGGAGCCGUCAACAAGAAAGGCUAGCAGCACAAGCAGAGCGAGAAGGAAGAGCAAGCCUCGUAAGAGCAGCUGACAAAAGAAGACGACCCAUUACUACUUUCACUCUUUUCUCUCUGCAACUCGAUUCUGCCUUUUGGUUUUUGUAGCUUUGGUCUUGAUCAGGCAAAUUAGGAUGAUCGAAGAUCAUCCAUCGCUCCUGC